AUGCAACAAGAAGAUGAUAUUGUUUAUGCUUCUGUAGAAGAUUCAGAAUCUGAUGAUUCUGAAUGGAAUGUACCUCUGAAUAAAAUUAGGGAUAUACAGAAACAGUUGCAGUAUGAUGCGGAUCCUAUUUGGGGCCAGACCAAAAAUAUAAUGGAACCACCUGGUUUUGAUCAAUAUUCAGGACUGAAAGUGUCAGGUGAGAAAGUCUCUAGUAAUGCGGAGGCUGUUCAACCAUUCCAAGAAAAGUUUUUGAAAGAGAUAAGAGAAAAAGACCUUUGUCCUGAACAAAUCUACAAUGCAGACGAAUCAGGAUUGUUUUGGAAGGUUCUGCCAGAUAAAACUUUAGCCUCUUCUGCUGAAACUAGUGCUUCUGGAUCCAAGGUAUCUAAAGAAAGAAUCACUUUUAUGCCUUGUGCAAACUCGAUAGGGAAUCAUAAAUUACAGUUACUAGUCGUAGGGAAGGCCAAAAAGCCAAGAUCUUUUGGAUCCGUAAAAUUACCGGUGCAUUAUCAAGGACAAAGGCGUGCUUGGGUAACUAGAGAUAUUUUCCUGGAGUGGUUCAGAGAACAUUUCGUUCCAGAAGUCAAACGUCAUUUGAAGAAAUUACGUCUACCACAAAGAGCAUUAUUGCUCCUAGAUAAUGCGCCCGGACAUCCAGAUGCUGAAGAUCUGACUACAGAAGAUGGCAAUUUUUCCGUACUGUACAUGCCACCAAACUGCACACCCUUGAUUCAGCCUAUGGAUCAAAACGUAAUUCAAAAUGUCAAGAUUAAUUACAAGAAGAAACUGCUGAUUCAAGUUUUUGCGCAACAAGAAGAUGAUGAAAGUUUAACACUACAUGAUGUUAUUAAAAGCAUCACAAUUAAAGACGCAAUUUUUUCACUAGCGCAAUGUUGGGAUCACGUGUCGUCGUCUCUCAUCAAAAAAUCUUGGAAGCCUCUAUGGCCUGACCAAUUCAAUGAAGCAGAAAAUGGAUCAGAAGAAAACGAUGGCUCUGACGUGGAAGACAAUCUCCCACUCAGUCUUCUACGCAACCGUGGAUAUACAGAAGAAACCAUUUCCACUUUCUUGACAAUCAGCGAAGAGGAGAAUUGCACAGAACCCAUAACUGAUGAUGAGAUCAUAGCCCAACUUAGGCAAGAGACUGACGAGCUUUUUGUUGACAAUACUUCUGCUUUAAACGUCAAGAAAAUUCCUCAUUCACAAGCUAUAUCAGCACUGAAUACUUGUUUGGAUUGGGCUGACGAAAAUGACUUUUCUUUAUCCGAAAAGAUGAUGCUGCGAAAUUUGAGGGACAAAGCCUUUUCUUGGUCAAUAAAUAGAACCCGCCAAACUAAAAUUGAUGACUUUAUGAAUAAGUAA